AUGAGUGAAACUCGUUCAGGACAUGCAGAUAACACUCUAAGUCAGGUUAUAGGCACUAUUAGGGCUUGUACAGCAAUAUCUGCCCAAGAUGUCGAUUUCUACAAGAGUUUAGACCCUUCGAUAGCUGCUUCUUUAAAUCAAAGUUCUACCAUUCUACUUAACUUGAUUAACGAUAUCGUCCUGUCGGUGGACGAAAACAACGAUGCUAUUGAAACAGGCUCCGAGGGUCUAGAAAAUGCCUGGAAGAAUAUUGGUGAGGUAAUGGAUCUUCUAUUUGAGAAAUCAGAAACCUCGGUAAACAACUUGAAAAGGAGGACCGCUGCUCCACAGACAGGCUCGCUACAGUAUCUUGACGAUUCUACAACGAUUGGAGAUAACUCUUUCAAAAAAAUAGUCAAGCCGCAGUUAAAUUUUGCAAGACCCGUGGAUAACACGGAGCUUCAUCCCUUCGAGCCCCUCCUUCAUACGAAGCCAAAUGCUUUGAAACCAUUGCAGGUCCCUCCUCAGCUCACGCUUGAAGAAGACGAUGUUCCUGCUCAUUACCCUCAACCUUAUGAAUAUGAGAUUGAACACCAAGCAUAUGACGAUUCUGUUCUAAAAAUCGAAACUCCAAUUCCGUCGGUAUCAUGGGAUGAAUCCGAUGCAACCUGGGUUGACGACAAGAAAUCACUUGAUGCUAUGCUUCAGGUUCUCAAAAAUGCCAGAGAAUUGGCCAUUGACCUAGAGCAUCACGACUACCGCACCUACUACGGAAUUACAUGCUUGAUGCAGAUUAGUACAAGAGAUCAGGACUGGCUAAUAGAUACAAUUGCUUUGAGAGAUGAAUUGUGGAUAUUAAAUGAAGUAUUCACGAAUCCUAAUAUUAUCAAAGUCUUACACGGUGCUUUUAUGGAUGUAAUAUGGCUGCAGAGAGACUUGGGGCUAUACAUUGUCAGCCUGUUUGACACAUAUCAUGCUUCAAGACUGCUUGGUUUUCCAAAACACAGUUUAGCAUUUUUGUUAGAACACUAUGCUCGAUUCAAAACAUCCAAAAAAUAUCAGCUUGCCGAUUGGAGAGUAAGGCCGCUUCCAAGGCCUCUCCAGGCUUACGCCAGAGCAGACACUCAUUUUUUGCUGAAUAUCUAUGAUCAUCUUAGAAAUGCUCUAAUCGAGCAGGACAAGUUAGCUCAAGUUUUGCAUAAUUCCCGGAAUGUAGCCAAGCGGCGAUACGAGUACACGUCCUUCAGACCAAAGGUGGUUUCUUCGGUAGUGUAUUCUCCAGUUGAGAAAGAAGAGCCUUGGAGGUCAUUGAUGUUCCAAUAUAAUAUCCCACCAGAGAAAGCUACACUAGUAAAAAGGCUUUACGAAUGGAGAGACUUGAUUGCAAGAAGAGAUGAUGAAAGCCCAAGAUAUGUUGCACCUAAUCAAUUGCUUGUUUCCCUGUCAAUGAGUGCCCCCACUGAUUCAUGGGGUGUCUUGUCAAUGGGGUCAUUUUUGACCGACCAUGUGAGGACCAACGCUAAAGCUCUUGCUCAACUCAUCAAACGCGCCUCUAGCUCCUCGGUAGUCGAUAAGUCUGAAAAUGUGGCGCCUGGUGAUGAGAGGUCACUUCAAAAUGUUUCCGUUAGCGAAAUAGAGGUGAACCACUCGCGUUAUAUGUCGCUCGUAGGUGAUCUAACAGGGCAACAGAGUUGCGAGGAGCAUAAAUUGGACGAAGGGUCGCUGUUGUUUGCUGGCAAGCCACUUCCAAACGAAACCUUUGUCGUUUACAGUAAAUCAGAGGUGAGUACUGUGAGCUUCACAGACUUGAAUGAUAGAAAGUCACGCAUUUUCAGUCAAACCCAGGUUCAAGAGCCUACAAAGGCUAUUGCACUUCCUAGUCGUAGCGAAAGCCCUGCCAUGGAGGAGGAAAUCUCAAAUGGUACAACGAGCACUCUCGAAUCUACCGAGCCUAUUGACACUCCAAAAGAGAGCAAGGAAGACAUACUGGUUCUUAAGGAAAGAAAGCGUGCUUCUAAGCCAGCAAAGCAGUCGUCUGACCAAACACCUCCAGUAAAAGAAGUUUUGGACUUUAAAACCGCUAAGAAAGUGCUUGCUCCUGCCGGUAGCAUGCCUUCCAAGAAUUUCAAGAAAAGAUUCGACCCGUAUUCCGCAGAGCAAAAGGGUCCAGAAGGUUUGAAGAGAAGGAAGAAAACGAGAGGCUUACAGAAGUCAUUCAAGGGAUAG